AUGGUGUCGAGCGAAGCAUGGAAGGUGUGGGUUAUGGGGACGAAGCAGAAGGCGGAGGCGGAGGAAUUCGCCAAGUUUGUCGCGGACUCGACGUGGUGGAAGGCUGCUGAGUUGUUUGUGAAGCUGAUGAAGCUGGUAUUUGUGGUGAUGCAGGAGACGGAUUCGAGCGCCAGGGGGGGAGGUUCUCAAGGGGGGCUGGAGGUGGCAGCAGAGGACAGCCUUAACUCUCCAGUCUCUGCUGAGUUUGAUGAUGAGGAGCCGGUAGAGGAGGAAGAGGAGGAAGAGGAGGAAGAGGAGGAAGAGAAGGAAGAGGAGGAAGAGGAAGAGGAAGAGGAGGAGGAAGAAGAGGAGGAGGAAGAGGAGGACGAAGAAGAGGAAGAGGAAUAUAGAAGCUGA